AUGAAGUUACUGUUUCAGACAAGCAGCAACAACAACACGAAAGCCUUGGUCUUUCCGUCUGCAAAACGUUGUUUUGCAUUACUAGUGUUGCUGAUUUUUGCGGGAUGUCUUGUUGUUGGCAACAAAGAUAUUCCAAUUUGUCAUAAGCUAUGGAAAACACUGGGGAAUGAUUUGGUAGGCUGGCGUGAACGAUGUUUAGACGGAGAUCGCGAAAUUAAUUCAUCAUGUUGUCAAACUGAAAAAGCAUAUAUUGAAGCUAGGAGAUUAGCCCAUAGACAAAUGUGUUUUUAUGAGGGUAAAAAUCUUUUAUAGUUUCUAAUCAUGCAAGUAUUAUGCCAUAUUAGAAGCAAUGCAAACUAAUAAAAUAUAUUCACAAAUAUACUCAUACGUUUAAUUUCGAUUGAAAAAUUCAUCUCACGAGUUUUCAAUUGCAUAUAUAUAUAACUUUAAUAAAAUAUAUGGAAAAUAUAUAUGUACAGUGCAUUUAAAUGCUGAUAAGCCUAAUACCAAUUUUGUUAUUUGUUUUCACAGGUCCUUAUCCCGAACCGUAUUUACUUGUCAGAACUAAAACGAAGAUCUCCGUCGUUGACUUGACAUCUGUCUAUUCAAUAUCCAUCAUUGAUGGACUUGACAAUACCAACGUCAAACACUUGGAUAUUGACCCUUUGCGAAAGGAAAUGUAUUUUGAAGAUCGCGAAAUAAUUUUUCAAUCUUACUUUGACGGUUCUAAUCGGAGAAAUGUUUCCAAAAAGGCUAAAAAUAUUUGGGCAUUUGCUUUGGACUGGGUUGGUAAACGUUUGUUUUGGGUGAGAUCGCAUAAGAAGAAAGUGAUUAACGUUAGCAGAAGGGAUUUUGAGUUUCAAAAUAUCAUUUUAAUUAACAACGAAACUAUUUCAAGUUUGGCUGUAGACCCUGAUGCUACGUAA